AUGCUAAACUCACACUCCCAUAAUAUGGGCAUCACACCCACCACACCCCUUCUAAGCCCUUACUCAAAGGGCCAUGCCAGCGUCCCAUUCCUAUCUCGCCGCGAUGACGGCUUCCUACUCAGCUAUGUCCCGGGCGGCAACGCAAUGCAUCUCUUCCUCCAAAUGCUGCGGCGCUACUGCUAUAACCUCGACCACUACAUGGCGCGGUGGUUCAGGCUGACAUUUGAAGUGGCGACAGUCGACUUCAACACGCGCGAGGUGGUGCAGACGAGGGAUAUGGAGAGGUGGUUCAAGAUGGUGAGGACUGAUGUGGAGUGGUUUAGGAAGGAGGGAUUGGUGAAGGAUAAGGGAGAGAGGAGUGAUAUGAUACAGCUGGGGAUAUGCAUGGAAUGUGGGAUGCAUUGGGAGGGUAUGGCCAUGGGUAGGUGA